AUGAAAGGUAAUGAAAAAAUAGAUUUGGUUCGUUCUAGCAUUCGAAAACAACUAAUUCCUGUGAUUGGGAUGGAGUUUGAGACAGAAGACUUAGCAUUUAAAUUUUAUAAUGCAUAUGCAUACAAUAUUGGUUUUAGUAUUAGAAAAAGUAGCUGUCACAAAUUCAAAAGUGGCCAGUUGAGAGACAGGCUUUUUGUUUGCUUUGCUGAAGGUAAGCGUGAAAUUGAUAAGCGUGUUUCUAAUGUGAAAUAUCAUCGUGCUGAGACAAGAUGUGGAUGCUUAGCAAGGAUAAAAAUUAGUUGUCAUUUGAAUGAUAAGUAUCGUGUCAUAGAAUUUGUUUCUGAGCAUAACCAUGUGACUACAAGUCCGUCUAAGACUCAUUUGUUUAGGUCUCAUAGGAAGAUCACUCUUGCACAAAUAGCUGAAGUUGAUAUGGUUGAUAGUUCAGGAAUUGCUCCCAAAGCAGCUCUUGAAUUUUUAAGUAGACAAGCUGGUGGUCGGGAAAGUCUUGGAUUUAUUCCUGAUGAUUACAAGAACUACUUGCAUUCAAAACGAACAAGAGAAAUGAAGUUAGGAGAUACAGGUGGUGUGUUAGAGUAUCUGCAACAAAUGCAAUUGAUUGAUCCUAAUUUUUUUUAUGCUAUACAAGUGGAUGAAGAUGAUUUGAUCACUAAUAUUUUUUGGGCUGAUGCGAGGAUGAUGGUGGAUUAUGAUUAUUUUGGUGAUAUAGCUAUGUCUGGAAAAAAGCCAAAGAGCAUUCUUACAGACCAAGAUGCAGCAAUGUCUGCAGCAUUAGCUUUAAAAUGGCCAGAAACAUCUCAUCGUUUAUGUAUUUGGCACAUAUAUCAGAAUGCAGCCAAACACCUUAGUGGUGUUUUUGAGAAGUUCAAAGAUUUCAGCAAAGAUUUUAGUAGUUGCAUAUAUGAUUAUGAGGAUGAAGAUGCUUUUCUAAAUGCUUGGAAUAGUAUGCUUGGAAAAUAUACUCUCGUGGGCAAUGAUUGGUUGGUUGAAGAUCGUCGUUACGAAGAGUUGAAAGCUGAAUUUAAAGCAAGUCAAAGUUCCCCAACAUUGUCAUUUCCCGUAGAAAUAUUGAAGCAUGCAGCAAAUGUGUAUACACCGAAAGUGUUUAAAGUGUUUCAAGAUGAGCUAUGUAAGGCUUAUGAUUGUGUUUUGCACUUCAAUGAUGAGAUGGGAACAAUCAGCAAGUAUGAAGUUAUCCCGUAUGGGAAGAAUUGGCAACAUACAGUUACAUUUGACUCAACAAAUAAUGUAACUUUAUGUAGUUGUAAAAAGUUUGAGUUUGCAGGAAUCUUAUGUGCACAUGCCUUGAAGGUUCUUUCUACAAGAAAUGUUAAAAGUAUCCCAGCUCAAUACAUCUUGAAGAGAUGGACAAAAAAUGUGAAGGCUAUGAGUGCAAAAAUUAAUUCAUCUUCAAGUACAAAUGACCCUAAGGUAGAAAUUGUAAGACGUUAUAGAGAGUUGUGUCGGUUGCAUACUCAAUUAGCAACAAGGGCAGCAGGGUGUGGUAAGGCGUAUGAAAUUGUUAUACGACGAUUGAAUCAGACUUUUGACGAGGUGGAUGCAUGUUUGAAAGAAAAAUCAAGUCAAGAAAUGUGUGAAGUUAUCUCGCUAGUAAUUAAUAGUAGAUCUGAGUUAAAUGAGUGUAUUAAUGUUGAUGAUGAUAUUAUUAAAGUUAGAGGAAUCAAAAUUAAAGAAAGAGUUGUUGGUAGUUCUAAAAGGCCAAAAAAUGCUUUGGAGAAGCUGACAAAGAAGAGAAGAACUCGAAAAACAGAAUUGCAAAAUUCAAGCAGUGUUGAUUCAAUAUGUGUUCCUACUACGAAAGCUGUUCCAGCACCUCCAUCAGAAAUUUCACAGGAACUUGUUGCUGUCAAUAAUUUAAACAUGGAAUUUCCAGUUAGCAUGGUCAACUUAUUGCAUGCACAAUCACCAUUGGAAGGAGAAUUUGGGUUGUUUAGCUCUCAAUUCACAGGUACCAGGGCCAAAAGUUCUAGUGUUGAAGUAGAUCCACCUUUUUCAAUUGACAAGAGUCACCAAGCGUCAUAA